AUGUCUGAUUCUCCUUUGCAUGAUGGUGAUGUCGACUAUGAGUCUCUACCACCAAACUCUCCACUGUAUCAUCAAUUGCUUGCGGGUGCAUUUGCAGGUAUAAUGGAGCAUUCAGUAAUGUUCCCUAUAGACGCUUUAAAGACACGAAUACAAUCAGCUGCUACUGUGGUGGUAGCUACUGCUACUGCUACUGGUGGUGGUGUUAGUGCAACUAUGCCUUCGCAACCUAGAACAGGACUAUUAUCACAGAUUGCUAAGAUUUCGUCGGCAGAAGGUUCCUUUGCACUAUGGAAAGGAGUUCAAUCAGUGAUAUUAGGUGCAGGACCUGCUCAUGCUGUAUAUUUUGGUACUUAUGAGAUUUGUAAAAAAAAAUUGAUCAAAGAAGAAGAUAGAUUUACUUAUCAACCAUUAAAGACUGCAUUGAGUGGUGCUGCUGCAACAACGGCUUCUGAUGCAUUGAUGAACCCAUUCGAUACAAUAAAACAAAGAAUGCAAUUGAAUCCAAAAGUGAAAGUAUGGCAAAUUGCUCAUAGGAUAUACAAAACAGAAGGACUUAGCGCAUUUUAUUAUUCUUAUCCAACAACUUUAGCAAUGAAUAUCCCCUUCACAGCAUUAAAUUUCGUCGUUUAUGAAUCCUCAACAAACUUCUUUAAUCCAUCUCAUUCUUAUAAUCCUCUCAUUCAUUGUAUUUGUGGUGGGUUGAGUGGUACUUUAUGUGCCGCCAUUACGACUCCUUUGGAUUGCAUAAAGACAGUUCUGCAAGUAAGAGGAAGUGAUUCGGUAACAUUGCCUGUAUUGAAACAAGCAGACACGUUUAAGAAAGCUACUACUGCAUUGGUGCAGGUAUAUGGAUGGCGUGGGUUUUGGAGAGGUUUAAAACCAAGAAUCGUUGCAACAAUGCCUGCGACAGCAAUUUCUUGGACAGCUUACGAAUGUGCAAAACAUUUCUUAACUACUGCAUCCCUUUAA